CAGAAUGAUGACGUCCUUCCUCUAGUAUUGGCUCCGGGGAAAACAACAUCAGAAGGACCCCAGCCUGAAGCAGAAAAACACCAACUAUUAGUGUCUGUACCCGCUGUGUCUUACCAACGACAUAUUCAUCGUAACACUUAACGCCGUGCACACAAAAUGCCCCAGAACGAGCACAUCGAAUUACAUCGCAAGCGGCACGGAUACCGCUUAGACCACCAUGAAAAGAAAAGGAAGAAGGAGAGCCGCGAGGCCCACGAGCGAUCUCAUAAAGCCAAGAAGUUGAUUGGUUUGAAGGCCAAAUUGUACCACAAGCAGAGAUAUGCAGAGAAGAUCCAGAUGAAGAAGACCAUCAAAAUGCACGAAGAGAGGAAGACAAAGAAGAAGAACGAUGAAAAGACCCCUGAGGGAGCAGUGCCAGCCUACCUGUUGGACAGAGAGGGACAGUCCCGUGCUAAAGUUCUGUCCAAUAUGAUCAAACAGAAGAGGAAGGAGAAGGCUGGCAAAUGGGAAGUGCCUCUGCCAAAGGUGCGCGCCCAAGGAGAGACAGAGGUCCUUAAAGUUAUCAGGACUGGAAAGAGACAAAAGAAAGCCUGGAAGAGAAUGGUCACAAAAGUUUGCUUUGUGGGUGACGGCUUUACCCGUAAACCUCCAAAGUACGAACGUUUCAUCAGACCGAUGGGUUUGCGUUUUAAGAAGGCACACGUCACACACCCGGAGCUGAAAGCCACGUUCUGUCUUCCCAUCCUGGGAGUGAAGAAGAACCCUUCCUCACCCCUGUACACCUCUCUGGGAGUCAUCACAAAAGGAACAGUCGUAGAAGUCAAUGUCAGUGAGCUGGGCCUGGUUACACAAGGAGGAAAAGUUAUCUGGGGUAAAUAUGCCCAGGUGACGAAUAACCCAGAGAACGAUGGCUGCAUUAAUGCAGUUCUGCUGGUAUAAGACUUUGAACCUGCCUUCUAACUGUGCCUGGGAGCUGUUGUGUAUCCACGUAAAUACACAAUAAGCAAUGACAUUCAAAUCCCCGGACUCCCAAGAAGAUUGUUGGUGCAUUUUUUUUGGUAACAAAACGGACACUCAGAGGAAAGAAAGUAUGGCGAUUACUGCUUUAAACUUAAUAAAUAAACUUGGAAAAAACACCAGA